AUGGGAGGAGAAUCAUUGUCAAUAGAAGAAACAAACAAACUUCGAAAACAAUUGGGCCUGGCUCUAUUGCCCGUAGAACCAUCUGUAUCAAAUGUGUCUGCCAAAGACUCGAUAUCCGUUGAAAAGACCAACAAGCUUAGGACAUCUAUUGGUUUGAAGCCAAUACCAGAAUCCACGCCAGAUAGUGAAACAAAAAAUUAUGAAGAGUACAAAAGAGAACAAGAAAAACAAUUGAAAGAGAAGGAGAUAGAACAAAGGCUGGAACGACUGAGAAAUAAGGCUUCCAAUGAUAAACUCCGUAAACAGGGUACACUAUUGGAUUCUGAGGAUUCCGCAAAUUGGUUGGAGAAUUUGGGCAAAGCCGAAACGGAUACCGCUGUUGAGAGCAGCAAAGCCCACUCUGCUGAUUACACUGAGCAUGAUUUGAAGGGAACCAAAGUGGCGCACGAUCUGAAAGAUAUUGUAGAUGUUGGGCAAGACAUUGUGCUUACUUUGAAAGAUGGUAGUGUGUUAGAUGAUGAGGAUGAACUAGAGGCAAAUGUUCUCGUCAAAAUGAAACAACUUGAAGAAAAUAUACGAAACAAACUUGGAGAAGAAAAGUAUGAUGAGCUUGAUCACGGCCCUGGAUUAACAGGUGGUUCAUUCAGACUUGGUGAUGCUGUGCCAACUGAGGGUGAAAGACAGAAGCACCAAGUUAGACCUAACAUGAAAUUGGUUCAAUUCAGCGACGAUGAGUUUGAAGGUGAAGUGAAGAUUGGCAGUGAUUACAAGAAGCCCGUAAAGAUGAAAAAAUUGAAGAAAAAGACCCAGAAUAAGCGAAAGAAACUUGAUGAUGAUGAAGAGAUUAAUACUUUUAAGGUUAUUAAACUGGAUAUCUCAGAUGAAUACAAUGAAGAGGAUGAAUAUUCCAAACAACUUUCAGCCGCCAAAGCGAAUAGAAAACCUAUCAGAGACACCGCAGAGUUUUUGGCGGAAAAAGUUGAACAGAAUAAAGUCGAGACCAUUCCACUAACAGUAUCAACCAUGUUUGUAGAUGAGACUGAUGAGUUUUUGACAUCAUUGAAGGAUGCUGUUGAAAGAGAUAUUGAAGAGAAAAAAGAUGAAGAAAAUAAGAUUGAAGAGGUGAAAGUAGAGAAGCCAGUUUUCCGAAAGAGAAAAGGGAUUAGCAGUCAACGAAAAGAAACACAAGAAACAGAUGAACCUGUGCCAGAGAAUCAGCCGGUUGAUACGGUUGAAAAAGAUGAGACUAAAGAAAAAAUAAUUCAUGAGAUCGAAGACAAGAAAGUAGCCGAUCAACUAUCUACGGCGGAACCAGAAAAUGGCCAGGAGACCACUAAAGAGACCAAUCCAAUAGCAGCUACUCCGACUCAGCUUAAUUCAUCCGAGUCUUUAGGCGCAGGUCUGGGAGCUACUUUAAAGUAUUUGAAAGUUAAACCUUCGAUUGAUGCUCAAAGGGCAGAAUUGCAAAACAAACAGCUGUUGAAAGAACGAGAGAGACAACUUGCUGUUAUUGAGAGACAAAUUAACGAAAGAUUGAGAGAACAGGCAUUAUAUGGGGGAUCAGGUACCCAAUUAGAGUAUACUAAUCUCUCGAAGAAAGAAAAAGAAAGGUUAUCUCAAUUGGAGAAAGAAAGAGAACAACUACUCAAAGAUACAUUCCAAGAGGAAAAACUAAAAAACUACAACCCAAAGGUGAAUUUGGUUUACACAGAUGAAAAAGGUAAUAAGUUAUCGACUAAAGAUGCUUUCAAAUAUAUGUCUCAUAAAUUCCACGGGACCUUCAAGAAAAAUAAUAAAUGA